AUGAACAUCCCACUUUCCUCGGAUGCGCUCGACGUUGCAUUCAACCCCAACCCAGAAAGCCAUACACUUGCUGUGGCGCUUGUAAGCGGGAAGAUACAGCUUUUCGAUUAUAGUAGGUUGAUGCUGCCGGACGGCGCAGUGCGCGGCGCAGAAGAAGAGGAAACAGGGAAAGAGAAGCGCAACGAUCUUGUGGCUACAGGCGAUGAUGAUGGUGUUGUUCGCUUAUGGGACCCGCGCUUGCCCAGCGGCGAAGCGAAGCCAUUGCAAUCGUACGACCACCAUUUCGACUGGAUUACGGAUAUGAUUUGGGACCCUCAUUUGGAAGCGCCGCGAGCGCGAGGAAAAGAAGAGCAGGCGAAGCGCAAGCGGGAAGAUCCAAAGAAUGAUAACCGUAGUCGUUUGGUGUGCACAAGCGGCGAUGGCACACUGAGCGUUAUCAACGUUCGAUCGAAAAAGAAGGCUGUUGAAGUGAGUGAGGAUCAGGAGGAUGAACUUUUGUCUAUUGCUGCCAUUAAAGGGGGCAAGAAGCUUGUCGUUGGAACGCAGCUCGGUAUUCUCUCUCUAUGGGCACCAUCCCGCGGUCUUUUGGAUCAUUUAGACCGCUUUCCAGGCCACCCCUCCAGUGUCGAUGCUAUAUGUGCACUGGACGACGACACUGUUCUGACGGGUUCCUCCGAUGGACUAAUCCGCGUCGUGCAGCUCUUCCCACACAAACUACUUGGCAUUAUUGCCGACCAUGGCGGCAUGCCUGUAGAACGUAUGCAACGCAAGGGGAACCUUUUGGCCAGUCUGGGCCACAGCAGCGAAUGCAAACUGACGAAUCUAGGUCCGCUACUUGACGGUGACGAGGAAGAUGAAGAAGCAAUGGAAGAGCCCAUGGUUGUGAACGUCUCUACUUCACUGCCAACAAUAAGCCACAACGCUGACGCAAGCGAUAAUGCAAGCGAAGAGGAUAGCAAUGAAAGCAUUGAUUCGGAUCAAGUGCCAGGCAAGAAAGUGCUUCCCGAGCGGACAGGGGACGCUGUUGUUGACGAGGCUCAAACGCGCGCGGCGUUCUUUGCCGACCUCUAG